CUGCGAGGCAGUGGUACAGCCUGGAGCACCCGGCAGCUGCGGCGGCCGGGGACCCUGGACCCCUCCCCACACCGAGCUCUCGUGGGAUCGGGCAGCGGAAGUGAAUCCCCCCGGGGCUCUCAACCCUCCUCCGUACCUCCCAACCCCGAAGCGAACCGUGGGGAAGAGACCUGUGGGGAAGAAGAGGAGGGGGCAAUUCAGCCUGACCCAGGUUCUCUCUGGGCCUGAAGCCAGAAAGCCCCCACAGGGAGGAUCUGAGGCGCCUCCUCCUCCCAUUUGAACUCGAGGGAAGGAAGGACGGCUAGAAGGCCUAGAAGGCCGCCUCUGGAGGAAGCCGUCGCAUCAGCUCAUCAGGACUCUACAGAAGAAGGGGCUCAAAGCACCUGGCUCACCACCCACUCCCCUUCUUGCCGAAGGAAAGAAGGAAACCCCCCUUCCCAAGGAUGACACUAAAUACUCAGCAAGAGGCGACGACCCCCCUGCGUCGCCGAGCCAGUACUCCACUGCCCCUGUCCACCCGGGGCCACCAGCCUGGCCUCCUGGGCACAGCACCUUCUACACAGUCCCAGCAUCCCCGACUGGGCCAAUCAGCCUCCCUCAACACCCCCACCCGGCAACCUUCAUCUGCCCCCAAUGGUUGGUCCUCUGAAUCCAGCGACUCUGAAGGCUCCUGGGAGGCCCUCUACCGUGUGGUACUGCUUGGAGAUCCUGGUGUAGGGAAGACCAGCCUGGCCAACCUCUUUGCAGGAAAGCAAGAGCGGGACCUCCAUGAACAGCUGGGAGUUGCAGAAGAUGUAUACGAGAGGACCCUCACGGUGGAUGGAGAGGAUACCACACUGCUGGUCAUAGACACCUGGGAGGCUGAGAAACUGGAUGAAAGCUGGAGCCAGGAGUCGUGCCUGCAGGUGGGCAGCGCCUACGUUAUCGUGUACUCCAUCGCAGACAGGGGCAGCUUCGAGAGUGCCUCUGAGCUCCGCAUUCAGCUGCGGCGCACAUAUCAGGCGGACCACGUGCCCAUCAUCCUGGUGGGCAACAAGGCGGACCUGGCACGCUGCCGGGAAGUCUCCGUGGAAGCCAGAUUUCUCUCUGAGUCCCCUGGCACGCAGCACGAGGUAUGGGGAAAGGAAAAAUCAUGCUUCCGGUUGAGAUUGAACACACCUCCUGCUACCUUUAUCUCCUUUUUCCGGUUGUGGCUCCGCCCUGGCUCACCUGACCCCGCCCCCUCAGAGGGCCGCGCCUGCGCUGUGGUGUUCGACUGCAAAUUCAUCGAGACGUCAGCCACGCUGCAGCACAAUGUGGCGGAGCUCUUCGAAGGCGUAGUGCGCCAACUGCGCUUGCGCCGCAGGAACUGCGCAGCCCGGGAGCCGCCGGCCCCCAGACGACGGGCAAGCCUAGGGCAGCGCGCUCGACGCUUCCUGGCACGCUUAACUGCCCGCACCGCCCGCCGCCGGGCACUCAAGGCCCGCUCCAAGUCCUGCCACAACCUGGCCGUGCUCUGAGGCCACCCGCCCACUCUCUGGGUGGGGGGCACUGGGGUGCAUUCUAGCCUCCACCAGGGCCGCGGAGGGGCAGAGUCUCUGUGGCUUGCAGUCUGCAUCAUGGGCCUUGGCCGCCCGUUGCCCCAACGUACAGAGCGUCUCCCCAGGCGCAACUUCACGGACCUCUCUGCCCUGGGCAAGUGAUGGACAGACCAUGGGGCCAAAGCCUAAAUUGGGGUUUUCAUGCGGUGCGUGUCUUUUUGUAAAAAGUCUUCCUUGUCCUUGGGCUCUGGCCAACCCUCAGAAAUUCCCCCACAAUAAACCAGACCAGAAGGAUGUCCUGUC